UGCGCAGUGCUCGGCCGGAGCUGUUGCGCACGCGUAGAUUGUUCCUCGGGGGGACAGAGGAGCAUGAAUGGAGCAAGAUGGCGGAUCCUGUGCAGAGUCUAGCCCAGCUAGAGAUCCUGUGCAAGCAGCUGUAUGAGACCACCGACACCAGCACCCGACUGCAGGCCGAGAAAGCCCUGGUGGAGUUCACCAACAGCCCAGAGUGUCUGAGCAAGUGCCAGCUGCUGCUGGAGAGGGGCAGCUCUUCCUAUUCCCAGUUACUUGCUGCCACAUGCCUCACGAAGCUGGUGUCCCGGACCAGUAAUCCACUGCCACUGGAGCAAAGACUUGACAUCCGGAACUAUGUAUUGACGUAUUUGGCCACCCGCCCAAAACUUGCUUCUUUCGUUACCCAAGCCCUGAUUCAGCUGUAUGCCCGAAUCACCAAGCUGGGCUGGUUCGACAGUCAGAAGGACGAAUAUGUAUUCCGCAGCGUCAUCGUGGAUGUUACCCGCUUCCUGCAGGACAGCGUGGACUAUUGUGUCAUCGGAGUCAGUAUUUUAUCGCAGUUGACCAAUGAAAUCAACCAGGCAGACGCCACACACCCUCUGACCAAGCACCGCAAAAUCGCUUCAUCCUUCCGAGACUCCUCUUUGUUUGAUAUCUUCACCCUAUCGUGUAACCUCUUGAAACAGGCAUCUGGAAAGUCAUUGCUUCUCUCUGAUGGAUCUCAACAAGACCUCCUUAUGCAGCUCCUCAAACUUACCCACAGCUGCCUAAAUUUUGACUUCAUCGGCACCUCCACAGACGAGUCCUCUGACGACCUCUGCACAGUACAGAUCCCCACAAGCUGGCGUUCAGCUUUCCUGGAUUCUUCCACACUACAACUCUUCUUUGACCUGUAUCAUUCCAUCCCCCCCAACUUCUCCCCACUGGUCCUCUCAUGUCUUGUACAAAUUGCCUCUGUCCGCCGCUCCUUAUUUAAUAAUGCAGAAAGAGCCAAGUUCCUCUCGCACCUGGUGGAUGGAGUGAAGAGGAUCUUAGAAAAUCCCCAAAGCCUCUCUGACCCCAAUAACUACCAUGAAUUUUGCCGCUUGCUGGCACGCCUGAAGAGCAAUUACCAGCUAGGGGAGCUGGUGAAGGUGGAGAACUACCCCGAGGUCAUCAGACUCAUAGCAAACUUCACUGUCACCAGUCUACAGCAUUGGGAAUUUGCCCCCAAUUCGGUACAUUAUCUCCUGAGCUUAUGGCAGCGUCUUGCCGCAUCGGUGCCCUAUGUGAAGGCGACGGAGCCUCAUCUUCUGGAGACCUACACACCAGAGGUGACCAAAGCCUAUGUCACAUCCCGCCUGGAGUCUGUGCACAUUAUCCUCAGAGAUGGCCUGGAAGACCCUCUUGAUGAUGCAGGUCUGGUGCAGCAGCAGUUGGAUCAGCUUUCCACCAUCGGGAGAUGCGAAUAUGACAAGACGUGUGCCCUCUUGGUGCAGCUGUUUGACCAGUCGGCUCAGACCUAUCAGGAGCUUCUGCAAAGUGGAUCUGCUCCCAGCAUGGAGCUGACCGUGCAGGAAGGUCGCCUGACUUGGUUGGUUUACAUUAUCGGUGCAGUGAUAGGAGGCCGAGUGUCUUUUGCCAGUACUGAUGAACAGGACGCCAUGGAUGGAGAGUUAGUGUGUCGUGUGCUGCAACUCAUGAACCUCACAGAUUCACGUCUAGCCCAGGCUGGCAACGAGAAGCUGGAGCUGUCAAUGCUAAGCUUCUUUGAGCAAUUCAGGAAAAUAUACAUUGGGGAUCAAGUGCAAAAGUCAUCCAAGCUUUAUCGUCGUCUGUCAGAUGUUUUGGGCCUGAAUGAUGAAACUAUGGUGCUGAGCAUCUUCAUUGGCAAAAUUAUCACCAAUCUCAAGUACUGGGGUCGCUGUGAGCCCAUCACAUCAAAGACUUUACAGCUGCUGAAUGACCUGUCUAUAGGGUACAGCAGUGUAAGGAAACUGGUGAAGCUCAGUGCCGUCCAGUUCAUGUUAAACAACCACACGAGCGAGCACUUUUCCUUCUUGGGAAUCAACAGCCAAUCCAACCUGUCAGACAUGCGCUGCCGGACUACCUUCUACACUGCACUGGGACGCCUCCUCAUGGUGGAUUUAGGAGAGGAUGAGGAGCAGUUCUCACAGUUCAUGAUGCCGCUCACCGCUGCCUUCGAGUCCAUGGCUCAGAUGUUCAACAGCAACAGCUUCAAUGAGCAGGAAGCCAAGAGGAGUCUGGUUGGACUGGUGAGAGAUCUGAGAGGAAUCGCCUUUGCUUUCAGUGCGAAGAGCAGCUUCAUGAUGCUGUUUGACUGGAUCUACCCCGCAUACAUGCCCAUCCUGCAGAGGGCGCUAGAACUCUGGUUCCAUGACCCAGCCUGCACCACGCCCAUCCUCAAGCUCAUGGCAGAACUGGUACACAACAGGUCACAGAGGUUACAAUUUGACGUCUCAUCUCCCAAUGGCAUUCUUCUGUUCCGAGAGACCAGCAAAAUGAUCACAACCUAUGGUAACAGGAUCCUGACCCUGGGUGAGCUUCCGAAGGAGCAGCUGUACGUUCUGAAGUUGAAAGGAAUCUCCAUAUGUUUUUCGGUGCUAAAAGCUGCUCUCAGCGGUAGCUAUGUCAAUUUUGGGGUCUUCCGCCUGUACGGUGAUGAAGCUCUGGAUAACGCUCUUCAGACCUUUGUCAAACUACUGUUGUCUGUUCCACACAGUGACCUACUGGACUAUCCCAAGCUCAGCCAGUCGUAUUAUUCGCUCCUGGAGGUGCUGACUCAGGAUCACAUGUCUUUCAUCGCCAGCCUGGAGCCACAUGUAAUCAUGUACAUUCUCUCCUCCAUCUCCGAGGGGCUCACAGCUCUGGACACCAUGGUGUGCACAGGGUGCUGCUCUUGCCUGGACCACAUAGUCACAUACCUCUUCAAACAGCUAUCUCGCAGUGGUAAGAAAAGAGGAGCGCCGCCACCGCAGGAAAGUGAGCGCUUCCUGCACAUAAUGCAGCAGCACCCGGAGAUGAUCCAGCAGAUGCUUUCCACGGUUCUCAACAUCAUUAUCUUUGAAGACUGUCGAAAUCAGUGGUCAAUGAGCCGGCCGUUGUUAGGCCUCAUCCUCCUCAAUGAGAAGUAUUUCUCGGACCUCCGGAGAAGCAUCGUCAGCAGUCAGCCCCCGGAGAAGCAGCAAGCCAUGCAUCUUUGCUUUGAGAACUUAAUGGAAGGAAUUGAGGGGAACCUACUGACGAAAAACAGAGACAGGUUUACGCAAAAUCUCUCAGCCUUCCGACGAGAAGUCAACGACUCGAUGAAAAAUUCAGCCUGCGGCCCCAACAGUAACGAAAUGAUGAGCUGACCUCUCCCCACACCUCCAGCCAUCUUCCUCUCCCCACCAUCUUCCUCCCCUUGUACAAAACCCUGCACAUUUUUUGGUAAUGUUUUGAAUUCUUUCUACGGACAGGGGAAAUAUAUGGCGAGUGGAUCUCUGCCUCCUCCCCCCUCUUUCCACCGAGUGGAGGCGGACGGGGUGCUGAUGAGCGAAUGUGAGAGUCACGCCUGUUCACCUGGACUGAGCCCCUCUUGAUAAAUUACAAAUAUAUAAAUAUAUAUAUAUAUAUAAAUAUAUGUAUGUAUGUGUCAUUUGGAGUGACAAGUAAAAUCACCCCCCCCCUUUCCCCCCCGCAGAUUCCCUAUCCCCCCCUUCCCUCAGCGUGGAUGAACGGAGGAGUGGCAGAGCAUUGCAUUGUUCAGAGUGAAGCUCUGCAGAGACUGCACUGAAAGGGUGAACAGGUUUUGCAAGGACAUUUUGUAAUAAACGAUCCUGUAUACUGAGGGAUGCAGCCCUCGCACUGCUCUUAUUUUGACUGUGGGAUGAAUGAUUUGCAGCAGAACCAUCUCUGUCUAUCUCGCUGGAUCUUUGGCGCCACCUGGACGUAGCCCCAGAGAAUGCAGCCCCACCGUUCAGCACAUACACAGCUCACACUGAAGUAUUGGGAGACCCAAUAGGUUUAUUACAAAGUGCUUAUUAUAGCCUGCGCUGUAAUCAAUAGUUGCCUCACCAGUCCUGGAUGGAUCUCUCAGAACUGUAUUUAUAUCCUAUUGUCGUAUCGUAUGGUUGCUUCCCGUCACCCGUCUCCCGGAUGAUAGAUUUUUUAAAUUGCUUAGGUCCCUUUAAGGCCAAUGUCAGAUGAGCGUGUCCACUGCGGGAAACAUAGCGUGUCCACUGCGGGAAACACACAUGUGGGAGCGUGAUUUUCCGUUAUGUACUGUGCUCCUUGGCAUUCUAAUGAUUUAUAAUGCUGUGCGUCUCUGCCCGACAUCAGCUGUAAUGAACUGUACUCCUAAUGUGGAGUUUGGGCAGAGACACACAGCAUUAUAAAUCAUUAUAAUGCCAUGGACUCAUGUGACAGGAGCAGUGUCCAUGAUGGGGAAACAUUCUCUGUGUGGGAGCAUGAUUUGCGGUUGUGGCCUCUGCUCCUUUGACAGUACGGCAUUAAUAGUGAUUUAUAAUGCCGUGUGUCUCUGCCCAACAUCAGCCAUAAUGAACCGCACUCGCAUAAUGCUGUCAGUACAAAUCAUUAGAGCGGAGGUCGGGCAGAGACACACAGCAUUAUAAGGCUGUGCACUCAUGUCACAGGAGCAGUGUCCAUGAUGGGAAAUCACGCUCACACAAGUGGACACACUUUUCUGAAAUUAGCCUAAGGCUGGAUUCACA